CUCAAUGAGUAGAACUCAAUGGUUGCCCCACGUGGUGCCAAUUUCACAUAUUGAAGACAUUUUGGGACUAAUUCGAAAAUUUGGCAACAUAUUUUACUUAUUUUGCGAUUCAUGGUGAAUUAUGGUUGUAUGCUUAAUGUUCAGAACAUCUACAUUACAAGACGGUCGUCAGUUAUAAUCCUGAGACUGAGAAAGCAUUUUUUAAUUCCAAAAUAGCAAAUUGCUAUGGCACAAGAGGUGGAAAGUUACUCUUUUGUGGAUUGGCCGGUGCAAGUUUUUGCUGUUGAUUAUGCUGGAGACCUCGUCGCACUGCCGGGUCGCGGUGGCGUUGCUGUUUUGGAUCUAUCUAAAGGUAUAUCUUGUGUUGGCAAAAUAAUACGACAGAGUAAAUGGGAUUGCUCAGCUAUCGAAUGGAAUCCACAUCAAAAUUACCGUUGUCAACUUGCUUCCACAAGCAACCAGAAGAUAGAACUGUGGACAUGGGAAGAUGGCGGAGGAAAGAAGCUGCAAGACUUGCGUGCUCAUACACGAUCUGUGAGUUGCUUAAAUUGGUCGAGGUUUGAUCCAAGGUUGUUGGCAACGUGCUCUUUCGACAGCUUUAUAUAUCUCUGGGAUUUAAGAGACUCAAGAAAACCAAAGCCUCUGUCUACAGUUUCGGGAGCGAGUCAUCUGAAAUGGAAUUCAGCUGAUAGCCAUGUUUUAGCCACAACGCAUGAUGGCGAUGUCAGAAUUUGGGAUAUGAGGAAAGGAAAUAUGCCUGUUCACUAUAUUGCUGCUCAUUUAUCAAAGAUCAAUGGCCUAGAUUGGUCACCUGUUGAUGGGAAUAAAUUAAUGACUUGUAGUCAAGACAGCUUAGUCAAGCUUUGGGAUUUGGGCGAAGACACAAGAAUUCCAAAUGCUGUGUGUGACCAUAGAGCGUCUGUCUGGCGGGCUAAAUAUACUCCAAAAGCGCCAGGAAAUGCAAUUCUCACUGUGCCUUUAAGCACUGCGUCGCAAGGGACAAUAAAUGUGCCAUCACUUUGGGACAUCAGCAAUUUGAAAAGUCCGUUUCAGACGUUUUAUGGCAUUACUUCUGUUCUUGAGUUUCAUUGGAGACUUUCUCAUGUCGACGACGGUUAUCAAUUACUGACGUGGUCAAGGGAUCAAAUGCUAAAGUUAUGGAACUUGGAUCCACGAUGCUGGAAGAUGACUGAUGCUUUGAAAGACCACAAAGAACAAUCUGUAAUAAAUUCUCGCCCGUCGGAGUAUCUACCGGUAUCCUCGUUUGGGAAAAAUGGUAGAGACAAUAAAAGCAGCAACGAGAACAUGAUCAUAAACCUAAACAUGAAACCUAGUAAAUUUUCGGAAGAAAUUGCUCAAGUUUGCAAAACAGUUCGUGGCGUUGUUUGGGAAGAGAUUGACCUCGAUAAUCGAUGCUGCACGGUAUCUAUGAAUAUAAGAACCAACCACCUAAAGAUAAAAAUUGCUUUCCCUGAAUUUUAUCCAAGUGUUGCUCCUUCUUUCGAACUAAUUGAUGGCUCAAUUGACUCCUUGAUGAAAACUGAAAUAACUAAGUUGUUGGAUAAAGAAGCGUUGCUAUGUUUGGGGAACAACGAAUUCUGCUUGGAAAAAUGUCUGAUCAGUUUAAUCUUGUAUGCAGAAGACUUAAUGGCGCACGACAGGCGACUCACUAAUUCAAUUCAUCCAUUCAGUCCAUAUGAUGCAAUGUAUUCAAAUGAAAUGGAGGGUGCCGAGGGAAGAAAUGAUUACAGUACACCUUUCCCCCCGCACCUCUGGUGCAUGUUUUACAGCUAAUGGUUUAUUGAUUUGCUUCAACGGUUCUUUGCGAUCCCUAAUGAACACUCCACGGUCCUUGUCGGCGUUGUCUUCCUUCAAUAAUUCGGAAAAACAAAAA